CCCGCCGCGGACCGGACAGAGACCCCGGAGGACGAAAUGUGCUGUGAGAAGUGGAACCACGUGGCCGAAAUGCUGCUCUUCAUUGAAGACCGCGAGGAGGAGUACAAGAUCCUUUGCCUCUGCUCCCGGGCGUUUGUGGAUUGAAGAUGAGGUCUCUCAGCCUCCUGUUCCAAUUGCCAGCUGCCAUGUCUCCCUUGCCAUUAUGGACUCUACCUCUGGAAUUGGAUCGAAAAUUGUACAACUUGGGGUUAAAAGGCUACUAUAUCAAAAGCAGUGGCAAUUAUGCAGGAGACCAAGCUACAGAAGAGGAGGAAGAUGGUCAUUCCCAUGACACCGGAGAAUCACCCAGCAAAGACAUGAGCCCAGAUGAAAGUGAACUUGAUUCUGAGGCCAAACUCAUGAGAAGUAUGGGAUUGCCAAUUCAGUUUGGAAGAGUGUCUGCACAUGAGAAUUUUGAGGUAUCUAUGAAUACUAGAAAUAAAGUUAAAGUAAAGCAAAAAAGAAGAAAGCACCAAAAGAAGUACUUAGAUGAAAUGAUCCGAGAAUCUUGGAGAAAUGACUAUGAAGAAGAUGAUGUUGUAGUUUCGGAUGACCCAUCAUCUGUUGAACACUGUGAGAACAACAGAACAUGUGAAUUUCAAAGCAAAACAAAUACUGAAACAGAAAACCUUCCUGUUGAAAGCACACUGUCACCAAAGCUAGAGGUCACAGAGAAUUGGGAAAGGUAUUGGAAUGAAUAUGGAGAAGGGCUAUUGUGGCAGAGCUGGCAGGAAAAACAUCCAGAUCAGACACUGUCUUCUGAACCUUGGAACCUUGCUGACACAAAGGAAGAAUGGGAGCAACAUUACAGUCAGCUUUAUUGGUAUUAUUUGGAACAAUUUCGGUAUUGGGAAGCUCAGGGUUGGACUUUUGCUGCCUCACAAAACUGUGAUAUAGAUGGGUAUUACACAUCUCAAACAGAGGUUGACAAAAAAGAUGAGAACAGCAUGAAAGUAGAUUUAGUGUCUUUUUCUUCUUCGCCUAACACAGUUGAUGAUGAAAGUUCUGGUUCAAAUGAUAAAGAUCAUAAUGAAAUACUUACUGGAAUUAAUAAUAUAGUUCUGAGUUCAGAGGAAGUAGAACAGAGCCAGUUAGAGUCCUCUGUACACUGUGAUACACAGCUGAGUGAGAAUAGCAGUGGCAAAGAGUGUCCUGCCUCUGGAGGAAGUAACACCGUUGAUGGAACACCCAAGGAAAGUAACAUAUCUGAGAACAGAAGCACAGACCAACCAGCUCAAGAGUUGAAGGAGUCUUCAGGAACAAAUGUAAGCAAAGAUCAAGCAUACCCUAACAAAACUGAUGGAUAUGAGGGUCAUAAGCCCAGCAAAGUGAAGAGAAGCCAUGAAUUGGACAUCGAUGAAAACCCAAAUUCAGAAGUUGAUGACAAUGGUUUCCUUCUAGGAUUCAAGCAUGGUUCAGGACAAAAAUAUGGUGGAAUUCCAAAUUUCAGUCAUCGGCAGGUCAGGUAUCUAGAGAAGAAUGUGAAAUACAAGUCAAAGUACCUGGAUAUGCGCAAGCAAAUGACUGUGAAGAACAAGCACAUCCUGUUCACGGAAGAGUCGGGAAAGCCCCUUCUCAAGAAGAGUAAAGUGCGGAGUAAGGUGGAAAAAUUCCUUAAAUGGGUUAAUGAACCAGCAGAUGAAACCUCACAGGAGUCGCUUUCUCACAACAAAAUGCAAGACUCUUGCACAAGCAGUGACUCUGAGGAGCAAGACAUGCCUUUGGAGAAAGCUGAUGACCCGAUGGAGACCAGAGAUCCAGAGCCUGACAGAGGUCAGACCAUCUCUUCAGCCAGUGAACUUGAAGCAGAAAAGAGUGAAGGCAGUUCCCUCACCACUGUCCCGCAGAAGCAGGGUUGUAUAACGGAAGAAAUAAUUAACUCUCCCCAAGCAGCAAUGGGAGUUGAAAUGAAGAAGAAGAAAAAGAAGAAAAAAGGGAAGAACAAAAAAAUGAAUGGUCUGCCACCUGAAAUAGCCUCUGAUCCAGAGCUGGCAAAAUACUGGGCCCAGAGGUACAGGCUCUUCUCUCGUUUUGAUGAUGGGAUCAAGUUAGAUAAAGAGGGCUGGUUUUCAGUUACUCCUGAGAAGAUUGCUGUGCAUAUUGCUGGCCGUGUCAGUCAGUCUUUCAAAUGUGACAUUGUAGUGGAUGCUUUCUGUGGAGUUGGAGGAAACACCAUUCAGUUUGCCUUAACGGGGAAAAGAGUGAUUGCCAUUGAUAUCGACCCUGUUAAGAUUGAUCUUGCUCGUAAUAAUGCUGAAGUUUAUGGGAUAGCAGAUAAGAUAGAGUUUAUCUGUGGAGAUUUCCUACUCUUGGCUCCCUGUUUAAAGGCUGAUGUUGUGUUCCUAAGCCCGCCUUGGGGGGGACCAGAUUAUGCUACUGCAGAGACCUUUGACAUUCGAACAAUGAUGUUUCCUGAUGGCUUUGAAGUUUUCAGGCUUUCCCAGAAGAUCACUAAUAAUAUUGUUUAUUUUCUUCCAAGAAAUGCUGAUGUUGACCAGGUGGCAUCCUUGGCUGGUCCUGGAGGGCAAGUGGAAAUAGAACAGAACUUUCUUAAUAACAAAUUAAAGACAAUCACAGCAUAUUUUGGUGACCUGAUCAGAAGACCAGCCUCUGAAGCUGAAGUGUGAGGACAGCAAGAUCAUGUGGAGUUAGAGACAUUUGAAUGAGAGACGCUUAGAAAGGUCUUCUACAAUCUUUGAUACUGUAUGCAAUGUGAUAUGGGAACCUUUGUGAGUUUUAAUGAAUACUAAUGAAGUGGUUUGGAUCUUUAGGUAAUGUUAACUGAGCUUGUGUUCUGUACUUUAAAACAAUAAGCAUCCGGCCAGGAGGUGGCAGGUGCCUGUUAUAAUCCUAGUACUUCAGAGGUUCAAGGUCAUCCUGUGCUGCAUAAAUUCAAGGCCAGCCUGAGUUACAUGAGACCUUGCCUCAAAGAAAUAGUCUAGGCAUGACACUGUACUUAAAUUAAGUAUGUCUGUAUAUAUGUGUGUAUUUCUUUCUAUACUGUAACUGUAUUUUGGUUUAACCUCUUUGUGUGUAUGUAUGUAAAAUAAUUAUUGCGUUUUUUUUUAAAAAUGCAAAGAAAAAGAAAAAAAUUCUGCCUACACAUUUAACCCCUAGUGAAAUAAUGUUACCAAUUUAAUGAUAUAACAAAAAAAGUAAAACUCUCCCAUUAUCUUACCUAUUUUUUAUUCAGCUGUCUAAAGAUAAUCACAGUUAGCAGUGUAUUUUACUUUUUUAUUACAUUUUUAUUUCAUGUGUGUGCAUAGAAGUUAGAGGACAACUUGUAGAAAUCUGUUCUCUACUUCUACCGUGUGUGUUCCUGGGAAUCAAGUUCAGAUCAUCAGGCUAAACUAAUGGCAAGAGCCCUUACCUACUGAACCAUCCCACUGUCCCCAUGUUAAUUCUUCUUCUGAAGAGAUUGAAACUUUUCCUUUGAUAUACUGUGCCUUCCCUUUUUGUAUACUUAAUGUAUAUUUUAUUAAAUAGAUGCCUUUUUUAGAGAGAGUGUGUGAGUGUAUUCCUGCCCUCACCCCCAUCCCCAUGUGUAUGAGGUUCCCACAAAGUUCAGGAAGGGUGUUGGAUUCCUCAGAGCUGGAGUUACAGGUGGUUGUGAGCUGCCCAAUAUGGAUGCUAGAAAAUGCACUUGGUCUUCUGGUCUUCUCUGCUGAGACAUCUCUCCAACCCAAGAUGCUUUUAUUUAAUCAAUCAAUGUUUUUACUUUUCUGUUUUGGUGUGGUUAGUUUUUAUAGAUAAUGUUGUGUGACUCAGACCAGCCUCAGACUUCUUGUGUAGCUGAGGAUGACCUUGAGUUCCUGACCCUCCUGUCUUAUCAGUUUAUCUUAAAGCCCAUUCCAUUCAGCCCAUACAUGUCAUACAUGUCAAUCUACCUCGUGUUUUAAAUGGGUGUCUUGUAUUCCAUCAUCUGUGUAUAUAAACUAGUUCCCCACCAAGAGGCACUCAAGCAGUUUUCAUGGUUUUACUAUUAACAACUAUUAUGUACUGUCUUUCCUUACAAUAUUCGCUGUUGAACAAAUAUUUCAGUUGGUAAAUUUCUAGCAGUUAGACCACAGGUCUUGUGUACAGUUCAGUCUUGAUAAAUACAGCCAAAUUGCUUCAAUAAAGUUGAUCUUGCUUUUAGGCUUA